AUGAGUAAUAUCAAGAAGAAAAUAAAGAUACGACAGGGUUAUAGAGCUUAUCUUACGAAAAUUCUGAGCAAUGCCGAUGAUAUUGUUCAGAACUACGAUGGAAAUCAAGAGAAGAAACUAAAGCAAAUCAGGAUCACUUUAAAAGAACGAUUGGACACUUUAAAUACCCUUGACGAAGAGAUUCUAGAGCUUAUCGAAGCUGACGAGGAAAUAUCUACCGAGAUCGAAGAAGCAGGAAAAUAUCGCGAGAGUGCACACGAAAUGAUUGUAAAUAUCGACAGUGUGCUCGAGGCCAAACCGAUUAAUGAAACUAUGUCCAGGAGUAUGAGCGAGUCACAGCAACUAUCUACACCAGGACAUUAUCAACCGACAAUAAAACAUGGGAAGUUGCCAUAA